CUCUUUGUGAUUAUUUCUGUCAGUUAGAACAAAGGAUUGUGAAUUUUACCAUCCAAGGUUAUACCUGUCCUUUCAGGGCUUGAUUAUCGCCUCAUUCUAUACCAGUUUUCCACUGUCAGAUUAUUUUUAGUAUUAGUAGCUUUAUUUUUAAUUUUCUGAUCAUUUCAUAUUAUGCUCAUAUAUAAUCUUUAAAGGCCAGAACACAAUUGGAUUUAGGAAAAAAUAAAUAUCUGUUCAACAAAUAUUUGUGCACAUUAGGUGCCUGACUGUUUUUUACGUAUUAUGGAUACAGAAAUGAGAAAGAUGGACAAGAUCUCAACUCCUUUGGUGCUUACAGUCUAGGAAGGGGAGACAAGCAACAAAUACACCAGAUGGUGGUAAUUGCUACGCUGAGGACUGAAAUAGUGUGAUGUGCUAGCCUAGAGAGUAGCUUCUUUAGAUUGGGGAACCUUCUCUGAGGAGGGACAUUGAAACCUGAAUGAGGACUAGGAUUCCAGGAGCAGAGGGAAGAGCAUGUCAGCGUAAGAAAACUGCUUUAUGAAGAUGGAAGACCAGAAUCCGUUUGACCAGGGAGGCUGGAAAGCAGUGAGAGGGAGGGAAAGUGGCAGGAGUUGAGGUCUGAGAAGUGGGCAGGCAAUAGCCUCAUCACAGAGGGUUUUGUAAGGUGUGGUGAGGAGUUUGCAUUUUAUCCUAAAUUUGUUCUUAAGUGCAGUCUGGCUAAGUCCAUUUUUGGCCGCUCUUUCUCUUUGGUUUCCUUGAUUUAUUGGUUCUUCACCUCAAAUGUUUUUAUUCUUUUUGUUCUUGAUCAAACUAGAUGAAAGAACAUGACAGGAUAGCUUUCAACGCUGCCACUUAAAUUUUGGGUGAAACCGUUUGUUCGUUUUUAUGAGUGAACCAUUCAGUUCUGCAUCUUAAAGGCAGAGCAAUAGCCUUGGCUCCAUCCUAUGGAAGGAGCGACCUAGUCAGUAUGUUAAAACAGUGAAAAAUCUUUUGAGUUGAGAUUAGCAGAUCUGGAAUGAAGCAGUGUUGAGAAGUAGUUAAGGGAAAGGCUUCAGAGGUGAAAUAAAUACCCAGAGUUUUGGAUGUUCAAUGUCAAAUUAGUUUGAAGUUAUUUGACAGAUUUUUUUUCCAGGAGUUAUGGAACUUUGUUGGUAUGGCGGUGGUGACUGGGAUCAUCAUCAGAGGAUAUUUUACUUCAAAUAAAGAACAUGGUGAAACUAAUUCACACGUUAGCCGAUCAUGAUGAUGAUGUCAACUGCUGUGCGUUCUCCUCUGCCCUCUUGGCUACUUGCUCCUUGGACAAAACAGUUCGCCUGUACUCUCUGAGUGACUUCAGUGAAUUGCCACACUCCCCCUUGAAGUUUCACACCUAUGCUGUCCACUGCUGCUGUUUCUCCCCUUCAGGACAUAUUUUAGCUUCAUGUUCAACAGAUGGUACCACUGUCCUGUGGAAUACUCAAAAUGGGCAGACUUUGGCGGUGAUGGAACAGCCCAGCGGUAGCCCUGUGAGGGUUUGCCAGUUUUCCCCCGACUCCACUUGCUUGGUGUCAGGGGCAGCUGAUGGAACGGUUGUUAUGUGGAAUGCACAGUCAUACAAGUUAUAUAGAUGUGGUAGUGUUAAGGAUGGCUCCUUGGUGGCCUGUGCAUUUUGUCCUACUGGAACCCUCUUUGUCACUGGCUCCUCGUGUGGAGAUUUGACAGUGUGGGAUGAUAAAAUGAGGUGUCUGCAUAGUGAAAAAGCACAUGAUCUUGGAAUUACCUGCUGUGAUUUUUCUUCACAGCCAAUUUCUGAUGGAGAACAAACACACUUUUUCCGAUUGGCAUCGUGUGGUCAGGAUUGCCAGAUCAAAAUGUGGGUUGUUUCUUUUACGCAUGUCUCAGGUUUUGAAUUAAAAUAUAAAAGUACACUGAGUGGGCACAGUGCUCCUGUUCUGGCUUGUGCCUUUUCUCAUAAUGGGCAAAUGCUAGUCUCGGGAUCAGUGGAUAAGUCUGUGAUAGUGUAUGAUACUAAUACUGAGAAUAUACUUUACACGUUGACUCAGCACACCAGGUAUGUCACAACAUGUGCCUUUGCACCCAAUAUCCUUUUACUUGCUACUGGUUCAAUGGACAAAACAGUGAACAUCUGGCAAUUUGACCCGGAAGCACUUUGCCAAGCAGGGAGCACAGAAGAUCAGCCGAAGCAGUUUAUUGAAGAUUGGUCAGAGGACGACGUCUCAACAUGGCUCUGUGCACAAGGUUUAGAAGACCUUACUGGUCUCUUCAAAAUGAAUAACAUUGAUGGAAGAGAACUGUUGAAUCUUACAAAAGAAAGUCUGGCUGAUGAUUUGAAAAUUGAAUCUCUAGGGCUGCGUAGUAAGGUUCUGAGGAAAAUUGAAGAGCUGAGGACAAAGGUGAAAACCCUUUCUUCAGGAGUUCCUGAUGAAUUUAUAUGUCCAAUAACUCGGGAACUUAUGAAGGAGCCUGUCAUCGCAUCAGAUGGCUAUUCAUAUGAAAAGGAAGCAAUGGAAAAUUGGAUCAGCAAAAAGAAACGUACAAGUCCCAUGACAAAUCUUGUUCUUCCCUCAGUGGUACUUAUACCAAAUAGGACUCUGAAAAUGGCCAUCAAUCGAUGGCUAGAGACACAUCAAAAAUAAAAUUGUUUAUAUUAUAUUGUA